GGCGCGGGGGCGGGGAGGCCUGGACGAUUUAACUCGGGAGAGCCGCUGGUGGCAGGUGCGGGCGGUUGCCCGUGCGAGCGUAGGCCCCCUGUCUGUCGCGCAACAGCCACCUGCCCAGUGACCAUGCUAGAUUAUGUUUAUAGACUCGUGUAUGUUGAACCAGCCUUGCAUCCCCGGGAUGAAGCCUACAUCAUCCUGAUAUGAAAACCCGGCAGAGACUCAACAAAAAAAGAGAAAACUUCAGGCCAAUAUCCAUGACGCACAUCGAUGCAAAAAUCUUCAAUAAAAUAGUGGCAAACCGAUUGCAACAGCACAUCAAAAAGCUUAUCCAUCACGAUCAAUGUUUGUCAGGUUCAACUCCAGCCAUGGUUUCCCAGUGGAGGUCGAUUCUGACACCAGCAUCUUCCAGCUCAAGGAGGUGGUUGCUAAGCGACAGGGGGUUCCAGCUGACCAGUUGCGUGUGAUUUUCGCAGGGAAGGAGCUGAGGAAUGACUGGACUGUGCAGAACUGUGACCUGGAUCAGCAAAGCAUCGUUCACAUUGUGCAGAGACCAUGGAGGAAAGGUCAAGAAAGCAAUGCAACUGGAGGUGACAACCCCAGAAAUGCGGCAGGGGGCUGUGAGCGGGAGCCCCAGAGCUUAACUCGGGUGGACCUCAGCAGCUCAGUCCUCCCAGGAGACUCCGUGGGGCUGGCUGUCAUUCUGCACACUGAGAGCAGGGAUGACUCACCACCAGCUGGAAGUGCAGCAGGUAGACCAGUCUACAACAGCUUUUAUGUUUAUUGCAAAGGCCCCUGUCAAAAAGUGCAGCCGGGAAAACUCAGGGUACAGUGCGGCACCUGCAGACAGGCAACGCUCACCUUGACCCAGGGUCCAUCUGGCUGGGAUGAUGUUUUAAUUCCAAACCGGAUGAGUGGCGAGUGCCAGUCCCCGAACUGCCCUGGGACCAGUGCAGAAUUUUUCUUUAAAUGUGGAGCACACCCAACCUCCGACAAGGAAACAUCAAUAGCUUUGCACCUGAUCGCCACCAACAGUCGUAACAUUACUUGCAUUACGUGCACAGAUGUCAGGAGCCCCGUCCUGGUUUUCCAGUGCAACUCCCGCCACGUGAUUUGCUUAGACUGUUUCCACUUAUACUGCGUGACGAGACUCAACGAUCGGCAGUUUGUUCACGACCCUCAGCUGGGCUACUCCCUGCCUUGUGUGGCUGGCUGUCCCAACUCCUUGAUUAAAGAGCUCCAUCACUUCCGGAUUCUGGGAGAAGAGCAGUACAACCGGUACCAGCAUUAUGCUGCGGAGGAGUGUGUCCUGCAGAUGGGGGGUGUGUUAUGCCCCCGCCCUGGCUGUGGAGCGGGGCUGCUGCCUGAGCCUGACCAGAGGAAAGUCACCUGCGAAGGGGGCAAUGGCCUGGGCUGUGGGUUUGCCUUCUGCCGGGAGUGUAAAGAAGCAUAUCAUGAAGGGGAGUGCAGUGCCCUAUCUGAAGCCUCAGGAACAAUUCCUCAGGCCUACAGAGUUGAUGAAAGAGCCGCAGAGCAGGCUCGCUGGGAAGAAGCCUCCAAAGAAACCAUCAAGAAAACCACCAAGCCCUGUCCCCGCUGCCAUGUACCAGUCGAAAAAAAUGGAGGCUGCAUGCACAUGAAGUGUCCGCAGCCCCAGUGCAGGCUCGAGUGGUGCUGGAACUGUGGCUGUGAGUGGAACCGCGUCUGCAUGGGGGACCACUGGUUCGACGUGUAGCCAGGGCGCCCCAUCGCCUGGUCCUGGGGGAACAUGCACAGUGUCCCACCUUCAUUUGCUAAUUCUCUUUCCGAACACACAUGCACACACACAUGCAAAUGCACACACGUGCUCGUACACACACGCACGUGCACACACACACACACAAGCACACUUCAGGUUUCUUUGUCCAUGAAAAACAGCAAAGCAAAAUUACAGAAGGAGCUCCUGAGUCCCUUUCAGUUUGUCCCCCCAAAAAAAGACCAGCAGAGCCAUCUGUGACACCAGCAAGAGGUGUUCUCAGCCUCAGGAUGACACAAAUCCUUAAGAAUUCUAUCUACAUAAAUUGCAUUGAUGAAAUAUCAACUAUGCAUAAAUCAACUUGCCAACUAAGUGAGAAAUUAAGAGAGUUAAUUUGAAUGUUGAAUGUUUGAAUUACAGGGAAGAAAUCAAGUUAAUGUACUUUCAUUCGCCUUCCUUAUUUGCAACUUUAGAAAACAAUUGUUAUUCUGAAAGUAUUACAGAAGAAAUCUAUAAUUUGAUAUUGAGUAUUCAUUUUGCAGCUUGGAGAUUUUGCUGAUACAUUUGACUCCACUGUAAAUGUAAUGGAUAAAGUGCCUAUACAGGAGACAUGUUUAGAAAUGAUUUCAUAAUGAUAUUCAAUCAUAACAAAAGUGGACAUUAUUAAAUCAGAAUCUUUAAAGAGGAGCCUUUCCAGAACUACCGAAAUGAAGGCGUGCCUGACUCUCUCCAUCAGAAGGGUUUCUACCCCUCUGAUACACCCUCUCCGUCCAAUCUGCAAGUCCCAGGGAGCUCAGGACACUCGGGUUCCCCCAGGAGAGAUCAUUUCUUAGGACGGUAAACUCACUAGAAUAUUCCUUACGUUGACAUGGAUUGGAUUUGAGUUGGAUCAAACUGUCAACUUUUUCCUUAAGCCACUCACAAUACAAUCAAAAGGUUAACAGCACAAACGUGUGGCAACCCCCAUUUUCUUAUGCACACUACACAGAAGAGAAAGCACAACCACUAUCUUUUAUUCUACUUGUAUUGUCUGACUUCUCAGGAAGAUUGUGAACGUAACUGAGGGCAUGAGUCUCCCCAGCACAUGGAGGCCCUUUUGGAUGUAGCAACUCUGUACAUUAUGAAAUCGGGGCUUCCCUUAUUAGAUGUAGCACCUGAAAUCCUUGCUGGAGAGAAGAGAGGGGAUGAACGCAGAAAUGUUCCACAUCCCGAGGACAUCUGUCCCUCUUUUCCUUACUGCCUGAGACAACUCAUUUCUUCCAACCAUCCAGGGACAGUCCAGUCUGCUCAGAGGCCCUGCACCGGGAUGAGAGGGGGCUCUGUAGCAUCCACACCAGGAUUCACAGCCUCCUAUGGCUUCACUGUCUGAAAAUCUACCUACUCCAACAUGGCCCCAUGGUGACAACAGACCUGUGACAGGAAGCCCAAAGCUUAUAUAGGAAUGCUGGAGAGAUCAAUGUCUCUAUAGGAUGGGAAAAAAUAGAGGUUGCAGGCAUGAGCCCCUGCACCCAGUGGCUCAUGUCCACACCGAGUCCAGACCCUGAUCAGGGCCUGACCUAGCGUCACUGGCAAUCCCACCAAAUUGCAAUUCCUUACACUGGCCCAAUGUGACAAAUCAGAUGGCUCCCUUCUGUCACAUGGAGCACACAGUGUUUUCCAUCAUCCAUAGCUUUUUUUCCUGAUGAUGUCUGCAUUAUUGCCCCUUCCCACUCUGCAUGCUGCGCUGGGCUUGCCAUGCCUGAAUGAGGCUUGCUCCCACGAGCUCAGGCACCCUAGAGACCCCUGUUAGACUAUUCAGCUGUUGGGCCUGGUCUCCUUUCCUUUCUUGGUGGUGGUCUUUUCCUUUUUCAGAAUAGAACAGUGAUUCUUAAAAUAAGUUAGAGCAAAAACAUCCAGUACACAUGAACAUGCAUCAGAAUCACAAAUUAUUUGCACAAAAACAUAUAACAAAAUGUGAAUGUAUCAAAAAAGGAGGCUUUGCAGAAAAAAGUCUAUUUUUCUCUGAAAUGUGUUGAGAUUAUCUGACAACUCUAAGAUUGUACUUAAAUUGUCAAUAAAAGCAUCAAAAGGG